AUGGCUGACGACGACCAGCAGCCGCCGGCGCAGCGGUACUGGUUCCCAUACUGGACCGCGCCCCCGCAGCCGCCGCCGCCCGCGCCUGCUCCUCGGCCGGCCGUCCGCCCGCAGCUGUCGAGGCGGGAAUCUCGCCCGGCACCGCAGCCGCCAUCGCCGCCUCCUGCAACAGCAACAGCGUCGCCGUCGCGGCGGCAGUCGCUCCCGCAACAGGCGGGGACGCCGGUGUCCAGAGGCGCUGGCGGUGGUGGUGGCCCCGCUCCACCGGCCCAGCCGCAGCCGACGCGGCUGUCCAGCAGGCCGUCCCCGUCGCCUUCCCGCGCUCCGCCACUCUCGCCCAUUCGAGAGCCCAAUGCUCCAGCGCCGGAGCCGGCACCGGUACUGGUUGCCAGAGAGAACAAGCCGCCUUCUCCUAUUCGUCCUAAUCCUAUCGUGCAUAAUGUUCCUAAGCAAAAAGACAUCACCGUUCCGCAAGAGAAAACCAUCCAUGAACCGCUUGUAGCAUCCAAGACACAAACCAAGGCCCCGGCGAAAGAAAAAGCCAAGGAGAAAGAGAAGGAGAAGGAAAAGGAUAAAGAGAAGGAGAAGGAGAAAGAGAAGGAUCACAAAGAUAAGAAGGACAAGGAGAUGGAGAAGGAUCACAGAGAGAAGAAGGACAAGGAUAAAGAGAAGGAAGGCAGCCAGCUGCACAAGGAGCUCAAGGCGGGCGUCGCCGACAUGGUGCACAAGCUCAGCUCUACGGCACCGUCGACCGGCGGCGGCCACGAACGCGCUGGCUCGGCGGCGGCGGGAACGACCAUCAUCACGCUGGCCGGCGAGAACAAGGGCGCGUCCAUGAAGGUAGACAGCAGCGCCGUGGCUGACGGCAGGGGGGACGCAGCGGCUGGCAGCAAGGAGCGCCGCGGCCACAAGCUCGACGGCAGCGUCGUCGUCAGUAGCGGGAAGGAGCAGGCUGGGGGCGGCAAAGGGCUGACGGCGUUCGUCAACAGCAACGUGCAGGUGAUCAACAACUCGCUGCUGCUGCAGAGCUCCUGCAACGGCGGCGACCCGGGGGUGCACCUCAAGCUGUCCACCAAGGCCAACAAGAAGGACGGCGAGGAAGCCGGUGGGGGCUAG